CUCAUCCGCUCUCUCACCGCGCUCGGUCCACUCGCGGUCCCGGCGCCCCGCUCUCUCGCGAGGAGGACGACGACGAGGGCAAAGAGGAGGUUGUGCCGUGGUUGCGAUAUCUAGGACUCACACUUUCCUCUUCUUCUCCCUCGCAACCUUCCCUCGACGAUGGCCGCCGAGCCCAAAACUAAGUACGAUCGCCAACUCAGGAUCUGGGGAGACCAAGGGCAAGCGGCAUUAGAGAAGGCCAGCAUAUGCUUGCUUAAUUGCGGUCCUACUGGAUCUGAAGCUCUAAAAAAUCUUGUGCUUGGUGGCAUUGGGAGUAUCACUGUUGUGGAUGGUUCAAAAGUUGAAGUUUCCGAUCUUGGAAAUAACUUCAUGUUGGAUGAAGAAUGUCUCGGGCAAUCAAGGGCAAAGUGUGUAUGCUCUUUUCUGCAGGAGCUGAAUGAUGCUGUCAAAGCCAAGUUUGUGGAGGAGUCUCCUACGACCUUAAUAGACACUAAUCCUUCAUUUUUUGCUCAAUUUACUCUCGUGAUUGCCACACAGCUUCUGGAGAAUUCUUUAUUACUACUUGACAAGAUCUGUAGGAAAGCGAAUGUCAUGUUGGUUGUUGCACGUUCAUAUGGUCUCACUGGGAUGGUUCGAAUCAGUGUAAAGGAGCACACUGUUGUGGAGUCAAAACCGGACCAUUUUCUAGAUGAUCUACGGCUACACAAUCCAUGGCCAGAACUCAAACAGUUUGCAAAAUCUAUCGAUUUAAAUGUAACGGAUCCAGUGGUCCACAAGCAUACACCAUAUAUUGUCAUUCUUGUUAGGCUUGCAGAGAAAUGGGCUGAUGCACAUGAUGGAUGCUUGCCUUCGACAAGGCAAGAGAAAAAGGAAUUUAAGGAUCUAAUAAAAGCUCACAUGCUUAAUAUAGAUGAAGAGAACUAUAAAGAAGCUAUUGAAGCCUCAUUUAAGGUCUCCACAGCUCGAGGAAUUAGUUCUCAACUUCGUCACAUUAUUGAGGACAGUGCUGUUGAAGUCGAUUCAUCUUCACCAGAUUUUUGGAUCUUGGUGGCAGCUUUAAAGGAAUUUAUUGCAAACGAAGGUGAUGGAGAGCCACCUCUUGAGGGAUCUAUACCUGAUAUGACAUCCUUAACCGAAUAUUAUAUUAGCCUGCAGAAAAUCUACCAAGCGAAAGCUGAGUCUGAUUGUCUUGUAAUAGAGCAAUAUGUGAAGAAUAUCUUAAAAAGAAUUGGUAGAGACCCCGAUUCUAUUUCCAGGGCAUAUAUCAGGAACUUCUGUAGAAAUGCUAGAAAGCUCAAAGUUUGCAGAUACCGUAGCAUUGAGGAGGAGCUUAGCUCUCCUGUUCUACCAGAAUUGCAGAAGUAUUUGACAGAUGAAGAUUACUGUUUUGCUGUUGGCUUCUAUAUCCUACUUCGUGCUGUUGAUAGGUUUGCUGCCAAUUACAACAGAUUCCCUGGCAUCUUUGAUAGCGAAAUGGAUGAGGAUGUAUCACGAUUGAAGUCUAUUGCCCUUUCUAUAUCGAAUGACUCGGGCUUCCAUGGUUCCUCAUUAUCAGAGGACCUAAUUAAUGAAAUGUGCCGAUUUGGGGGUGCAGAACUACAUGCUGUUGCUGCUUUUGUUGGGGGAGUUGCUUCCCAAGAAGUAAUCAAGCUCCUUACUAAGCAAUUCAUCCCAUUGACUGGGACAUUCAUAUUCAACGGGAUUGAUCAGAAAUCGCAAGUUUUAGCCUUGUAAUUGUUAGGUAAAUAAAACAUAACCCUAUUGGUUUGAUUUUGUGAAACUUUGUUUCCUCGCAGUCGAAUAUUUGGUUUGAAAAUAAGCUGUUUCUGCUUUCUAGCAAUUUGCUCUAAUUUACGUUUGGGUAUGGAAGGUUUACAAGUCAAGAAGAGCAAAGAAGUUCAUGUCUAAGUGCCCUUUCGGUUGAUCUUUCUGCUUUCAAAGGGCCACACUGAAAUUUUGUAUGCACAGCUCAAACUAUGAUAUACACCGGCCUGUUCGAGGUGCUUCCUCUAAUCGUAUAUUCAGCUGAGAUAGCAGUGAUCUCAACUUUGGAGAGGAUCUGAUUAUUGUAAUUUGAACCUUGGUGUGAUAAGAUGAUUGAAACAUGCUUAAGCCUACGGGUUAUUCCAAAUUUUUAAUGGAAAAAAAAAAGAAAAAAAAAAAAAAGAUUAUCUAGCAAUCUUCAUUAAA